UGUUUUUAUUUGACUUGACUUUUGACUGACUGCUUUUGACAUAUUUUUAUUUAUUAUAUCAGGUGUUAAUUAAUUAAAAAUAAACAUAUCAAUACUAAAAUCAUGUUAAUUUCCUUAAAGAAAAUCCACAAAGAACAUUUACACUAUUUAACUCUCCAACCAAGUCAAAUUGUUGAAGAGUUCUGUACAUUAGUUACAGAAUUUUUAGAUAAUGGCCCGAAUAUUGAAAGGUAUACAAAAAUUGCCAAAAAGCUGGGGAUAGAACAGGAAAUCAUAGAAAAUACUGUUUAUGGCAUCACCCAGUUAUUAUUACUUAGUUGUAAAUAUAAGUUAAGUGAGGCAGAUUUCCGAGAUUCAGUUCUCACUUUAGGAUUUUCAACUGAACAACAAACAGUGUUAAGCAAUUUAUAUAACUCAAAACAAAGCAAAAUACACGAAGUACUCAAAGUUCCCAUUAAGGAACCACACUUUGAUGAUUUGCGGUGGAGGUUUGAGGCCCAGGUGUCUUCAAGAUCACUCUUACACCAUGUAGUACCACUUGUAACUAUGGAACUUACGACGAAAACAGAAGUCGGUGGUACUUUUGAGAAAGAGAAGUGUCUUCUACAGACAGAUCCUAAUAAUUUAUUACAUAUAGUGAAUGAGUUAGAAAGAGCAUUAGCUGAAUCUAAGAGUAGACACUCCAGAAAGAUUCAGAGAGCUCUGAAAAGUUGAAAGAAGAAACUGCAAUUGAUAUUUUCCUAUUAAAAUCAUAAAAUAGACGGGAAAUAAAUUUGUAAUACAUUGGAAUAAAUAUUUUUAAAUGUACGCCUCUUUACUUAUAUUAUGAUUUUUGUGUAUUCAGAAUAAAAAUGCUUACUUGAUUUA